AUGCCCCUUGCUGAGAGCUCCCGCGUGCCCCUAUCUGCCCCCGCUGACCACGUGGUCUCGGACAAGGGGGAGGACGCUGCCGGUCGGGAGGAGUGGGCGACGUCUCCCGUGCGGCAGAGGUCCCCGCGCUCGGUGUCGUCCCCUGGGCGGCGUGGGCGCCGCGAUGGCUCUCGGGACCGAGCCGAUGGCGCGGACCUCGGGAGGGACGCGCCGCACGCGUAUCCCCCGCUACCGUGGGUGCCUCUGAUUGCAGGAAUGGAGUUUGUGGGGGCGGGAGGAGGAGCGGCGAGGGCGCCGUAUACUCCUCCAUGUCUCGUUGACGCCGAUCUUCCUGCUGCGGCCGCCCCCCUUCGCCUUCUGAACGAGGGGUCUUUUCCUCGCCAAGUGCUGGUGCCCUCAGCGACGCUUGGCCAGCUUUGGCGCUUGGUGGAGUGGCUGCAGGCUCUACUGUUGAUCCAGGUAAACGCUUAUGCGUCGCUUCCGCGCCUUCCUGGGAACACCCUUGAUCCCGAUCCCCGUGCAGAUUGUAUAGAUGCUGCCGCACAGCUUGUCUUCCUUGUGGCGCCCGUGGUGGCAGCACCCGCGCGGGGAGGCAUCGCGGCGGUUGGGUGGCUGGAAGCGGCGGUCCAGGGCCUGAGGCGGUACCUGCGCGCAGGGACUGGAGCCGAUGCGAUCGGCGCAGGUGCAUUGGUGGUCCGCGAGUUGCGGCGGAAUCUGUCGGGCAUAUUGUCUGCCAUUGAGGCGGACGAGAUGUAG